GUGGAAGCCAGCCUUCUCAUUACGGUUUCAAAGUGGUUCAGGCGCCAGCUGGUGCUCAACAUGACUCACAAGGGCAGCCCAUCAAUUGAUAUAUGCGAACCGGAGGAGGAGUUUCAAACCGUUUGGCUGUUUCUCCAGCCGGGGGACACGGCCAAGGUGACAACUGAGAACUUGGUUAUGCUGUUCAAAUGGUACGACAAGUAUGAAAUGUGGCCAUUGCGAUGCCAUCUAGAGUCCUUCAUCCGAAGCACCCAAAAAUGCAGCAAGGAUGUCUUGAUCGUGGCUUUCAGAAUGGGCAUGAUGGACAUGGUGGACAGGAUUCUGGAAGCUCUCCUCGACAAAGGCAUGCGUGACUGGCGAGAAUGCUACAUGUACCAGGGGCUAACGGAGAAAAUCCUGGAGUAUGUCAUGAAAAAUCGAAAGCUCGACCGAUGUUCGAACACGGGGGCCUUUUUGGUGUCAGGCCCGCGUGACUGGAGCAAAUGCUACAUGUACCAGGGGCUAACCAAGAAGAUCCUGGAGAAUGUCAUGCCAAAUCGACAAUUGGACCGGUCUUUGGAUAGCGGGAGCUGUUUUUCCUGA